AUGUCGUAUGCGGGCAAGUUAGGAAUAAGGGACAUGGGCUGGCGACGCUCUUUUGCUGCCUCCUUGGUUUCUUGCCAUGUCCGUGGCGCGGCGAUCAUCGAAGACCAUUCGAGCACCUGGAACUCGGCGGGACUGAACGAGACGCUGGCAAGAGGCUUCGACGACGUCUUCCCGCAAGAACUUUUCGAUCGGGUGGUCAACGAGGCCCUCGUGUUCGAGAAGUACGAGAAGGAUGAGCGAGCAAAGGCUGCAGGAGGAGGAUACAUGCAUGGUAAGGGCGGCACCUUCUGGAGGCCUCUGUUCAACGAGCAUGGCGACUUCCUGAAACCGCGGUUCGCGAUCGAAGCAGCGAUCAUCAUGCUGUACAAGAACGACAUCGGAUCGUCGAGGCACCCGCGGGUGACAGGAGGAGAGUGGUGGGUGCAGAAGAGGUCGUUGAAGGAGGACAUCGGCUUCCACCAUGACAAGGACGAGGCCAUGGCGUCGCUCAAGAGCACAAUGAAGUUCCCCGAGGUCUCGACUGUGACCUACCUGCGAGGGGAAGGGGCGCCUACGGUGAUCUUCAACCAGACGACGCCCGACGGCAACGCGCAGGUCCCCAUCUCACCUCGGGAGGGCUUCCUCUCCUACCCCAGGGAGAACAGGCACCUCAUCUUCAGGGGGAACCUCCAGCACGGAGUCCCCGCAGAGCUCGCCCCUGAGAACGGUGAGAGCGCGGUGCAGCUGCGGGGGAGGGGAGGAGAGAGGAUCACGUUCCUGGUGAACUGGUGGGGCACGAAGCCUCUGGGGCCAAACUGCAACACGGUGGGGACGAAGCUGGUGAAGCAGCUGGGGUUGUUUGACAAGGAGGGAGUCCGCGAGCUCUUCCCUGUCGCUCGUCUACAAGCAGCACAAAUCCCCGAGAGCCCCGAGCUCGUGAGCAAGCAUGAGGUGGAGAUUCCGGGAGGGGAGAUGAUUUUCUACACGCUCCCUCGGAGGAGGGAGCCAGGAAACCUGUACAGCAUUACAUGGCCAUGGCACACGAUCUUCGGCAACCUCUGCCGACUGAACCUCCAGGGAAACAUGGUCCGAGCGCUCUUCUUCGAACCCCGGCCUAAGGUUCUCGUGUUCACUUAUCAGGAGGAAAAAGUGUUGGAGUGGCUCAAGCCUCUCUCCAAGGAGCACGAGCAGGAGCUUCGAUUCGUCAUCGCCAACCCCUCCAAGACUUCGGAUGCCCUCCGAGCCUUCGGGCUGACAGUUGCGGAUGUCCCAAUCGCCGUCAUCCACGUCACUCAACCGCAGGAGAAGAAGUUCUUGAUGCCGUACAAGGAGAAACGAGAGGAGGAGGGAGGAGGGAGGAGGAGGAUGAAGCCCUCGGCCAAGUCUAUGAGGAAGAUGAUCAAGAAGUUCAAGGAGGGACGUCUGCCUCCCAUGGGGGGACAAGAUGCUGACGACGGAGACAACUGA